UAUAACGUCUUUAUUAUGAAUAUGAACAUCUGCACCAUUCGUGAAAUGUUACAUAAAAAAAAUAUGCAGUAAUAAAUAUAUGUUUUGACAUUGUGUAGUAGCAUUAGAUGUGUACUACCGGUAAUGCUGUGUUCGGAUGUGUUCGGAAAUUGAUAAAAACCACGUGAUAAUGACGUUGUUGGACCGUCAUCAGUUGCUAUUAGAUACCAUUGUAAUUUCGUGUGUUGUAUUUGAGCCAAGAGCGUAGGUGAUCAUUUCAAUAAAUUCAUCAAUAAAAGAAAAAAUGGCUUAUAGCUGGAAACCGCAGAAAUAUGCGAAACUGAAUCUGCCAGUGGUAUCUGCUACUUAUGGCGUGGAUUUUGCCAGUGACAUUGAAUAUGUGGAGGUCAAAAAUGAAGUAAAAGAAAAGAGCUUCCAAUAUGGACUUGGCAAAAAUAAUCUGGAUAUAUCACACUUGAAAGAAGGAUAUUAUCAUAAGGAAAAGCCCAAUGCUGAGAAGAUGUCUUCCAGUAAGUGUGCAGAUGAUCAUUUCAAAGAUGAAGUACCAGUUUCAUCAAAAGUGGUACAAGUGACAAAAAGCUGGAACCCAAAGCCUGAAGUUGAGAAUUGUUUCACAAAGAGUGCAGGUGAUAAUUGUAAUGUCGGAGUGCCUGAUUCAUGGAACAUGGGAGGGAUUACUAACAGCUGUAGGCCGCAGAAACUAAACGUGCAGCAAUAUUAUGAUCAUCCCAAGGCACCAGUAGAGGAGGCUCUGCCUCUGGAUUGCAAGGAAAUGCUGCGUCCCAUGUACCACAUUUACAUAAUAUCGAUGGCCAUCUGCAAAAUUAAGGGCAUUAUCACUUUUGAUGGACCAGUGGGACCGUCUCUCAGGGAAAUAUCAUUAUUUACGGAAGGUCAUGUGACUGGUUUUGGACCAAUAAGAAUACAGAUAUAUUUUCAUUGUUGACAUUAAGCAAUAAUGUGCAUUAUAUAUCGUUGAAUAUGCAUUGUUUUUGUUUGUAAUAAAUUUAGGGUACUUACAAAUUAGUGCUAUUAUUAACUUGACAUUAUUUGUCAUGUGUGGUGUUUGCUACUAUAAUGUGACACUAUUUGCAAUAUUCUUGGAAUGGCUAUUUUUAUUUUGACAUUAUUUAGAAUAUUCCUAGUUUAUUAGUUUUUGAAUAUUCCUAUUUUACCAAACUUUUAAUCACUUAUGACUUGAUUACCACAAUUGGUUUAUAC